AGGAGGAGUAAUCCAGACUAGAAAGUAAACUGUGCAGUCGUGAAUCCGUUUAGACAAGUGGGUGAGAAGUUAGGAUUCCUUAAAGGAAAUAAGUGCACCGUGUCAAUAGCGCCGUGCUGGAUGAGGGCGCAUGACGCAGGUGUUGGCUCAAGUAAAGUUACCAGACGAGUGAACCUCAGCCGAGAAAAAACUGCACAAUUUGUGAGCUGAGCGAUGGGAACCUGUGUGCCACGAUCCGGUGUGGUUUAUUUCACCUGCCCGGCCCGUUUCUAGUCAAACUGGUGGUUUUUUAAUGCUGCCUGGGAAGGAUGAAGAGCUUUUUACUUCGCUGCGUUUUUCUCUGGGCGACGCUGCAGCGGAGUUGCAUGCAAAUUUCUGUACCUGCUGCAGUGUUGAACUGCUGUGAAGGGGACAUUCUUCUGUUGCUGGACUCUUCAGGAAGUGUAGCAAACUAUGAGUUCUCACGCCUGUUGCUGUUCGCCGCUGAGCUGCUUCGCCCCUUUUCACUGGGACGUGGGCAUGUAAGAGUGGCGCUGCUGCAGGUGGGCACCGAGCCUCACCUGGAGUUCAGCCUGGACGUCCACAGCAGUCAGGAAAGUCUGCAGAAAGCCCUGCGGAGCGUCGUCCAGCUGCAGGGAGACACCAACACCGAGGCGGCUCUCAGAGUGACCCAGCGGCUCCUGACAAAGACAGAGGACAAUGUGCCAAAGGUCCUGCUGUGGCUGACUGAUGGAGUGCAGCCUGGAGACGUGGACGAGCCGAUGUCAGAGCUGAAGGCGCAGGGGGUUUCAGUGUUAGUGGUGUCCACAGUACAUGGCAACUUCCAGGUCUUACAGCGUGUCGUGACGCCUCCUCUGAAGUCUCAUCUGUACUCUGUGGACAUGGACAGCAUCGACAUCAUCACAGAGGACCUGAGGAGGCCAUCAUCAGUAUGUGUGUGUGUUUGGAGUACGAGGUUAGCAUUUUAGAAUCCCCAUGGAAAAUAUGAAACUAUUAUCUUUAGACGUUAAAAGCAGUUUUCAAUUACAGAAUUAUUCCCUUCAUUUCUGAUAAAUUAUCUCCCCUCUCUCUCUCCUCUUUUUGUGUU